AUGGCGAGCCAAAACACUACCCACCCCACUCCGGUUAGCUUCCUCGAUCUCCCGCUAGAGAUGAAAACCCAAGUGCUAUCAAAUCUUACAGCCAGGGAAGUGCAGGCUGCGCGCGGAAUUUGUACUGAGAUCAGAGAUGUCAUCGAUGCAACGGGCAGUCGAGUCUUGAUCCACAAUCCCAUGCGUGCUCGAGCUGAGGCGAAGAUCGACGAGGAACUGCGAGCACUGAUGGGGUAUCCAUGCCCGUUGAGCCUACGAGAUUAUGUCUUCUCCUUCCAGAAGAGACGUGGCAUUUGGAAGCACCCUUUGAAAACCGGCUUCCCCGUCAAAGUUGCCAGUAUUCAGUGGGCCAAAUUGAAGAUGGGUGAGGCUGAGACGGCAGUCGACCAGCAGACAUUCGACAGGAUCGUCAAUUCGCUGUUCUUGAUUGCGUGUCUAUUCGCUCAUGCGCACGACGAAACGUACUACCCUGAGUUGAAAGCGCUCAGAGCUAACUCCAACACAGGCUUUGCUGGGCUAAGAGCACUACUGAUGCCCAACGUCAGCAACAUCGACGAAUUCUAUUCCAGCAUCGACAACUUGCCUUUCGGCUUCACGCUGAAGGACCUCGCCAAGUUCGGCUUGCCGCUCGAUCGACAGGAGCUAGGGGCAUCCUACACGGAAAUCAUUGAGAAGCGCGUCUUCGGUCCAACCACUGCGAUUCCUUGCGCACCCUCCCCGCAUCUUGCCAUUCCUCGCUAUGCGCUCACAAAGAUGGUGGUUUUCGAUGAGCGCCUAGGCGACAUCAUCACAGGAAAUCCAUUGCCGUUCAUUGAACCUGGAAUUUGCACGGUGACGCAAAUCGGAGCGAUUCUCAACGUCAACAGCAUUCCCGAGCCCGGAAAUGUCUUUGGGUUCUGUCUGAGAACGCGCAAGGCACAUUCGUUGUUCGUUGCGGCGUUGUAUGGACGCGUGCUGGCAGAGUGGCAGAAAGUGGCCAUCCUUGAGGAGUUGUACCUUUUCUGA